UUUAAUCAUCGAAGUCAUCGCUUUUUUGGAUUUUGCGUUCAAAUCAUAUCUGCUGUUUACACAAUCUUAUAUUUAUUCCUAACCAGAGUCAACGUGUACAUAUAUUCUUUACAAUACUUUUUUACGCACAUUUUACGAACAUUUUGGUCCAGUUAUAAAACACGUAAAAGGUUGUUUUACGUAAAGUAGGAUGUGCAGUUACGUCAGCGUUAGUUUGACAAGCAUGAGGCGCAUACUCAGUGCACAUUUAUUAUUGAGGCAGAUCAGUUUAUUUGGUGGAAAUCCUCUGUCUCAUGCCUCUUUGACAGCGAGUCAACAACGCGUCUGUGCACUGAAUUUCUGCAGGAAAUCAUCGAGUGAGCCCACAAACAUGGACCUGAGUGACAUGAGGAAGAAAUACAAAGGAGAUGAAGAUUGCUUUGAGGAGAGUCAGCUUGUAUCUCUGGACCCAAUCAAACAGUUUGGAAACUGGUUCGAUCAAGCCACAAAGUGCCCUGAAAUCGGAGAGGCAAACGCUAUGUGCAUCGCCACAGCCACCAAAGAUGGACGCCCGUCUGCUCGUAUGGUCCUCCUGAAAGGUUACAGCAACGAUGGUUUCCGUUUCUUCUCCAACUACGAGAGCAGAAAGGGUUCUGAGCUGGAGAGCAACCCAUAUGCAUGUCUGGUCUUCUACUGGGAACCCCUUAACAGACAGAUUCGCAUUGAAGGCACUGUGGAGCAAAUCCCCUUCCAGAGCUCCAGUGACUACUUCCACUCGCGACCAAAGAGCAGCCAGAUCGGGGCCGUUGUUAGCCGACAAAGCACUCCGGUUCCUAACAGAGAUUAUUUAAGGCAUAAAAAUGCAGAACUGGAGGAGAAGUACAAAGACACAGACGUACCUAUGCCUGAUUACUGGGGCGGCUACAUCGUCAAGCCUUUCCUGAUGGAGUUCUGGCAGGGUCAGACCAACAGGCUUCACGACCGCAUCGUCUUCACCAGGCCGAAGGACGAAGAGUCUGCGCUGGGGGAGUUUGAGCACGCUGCCGAGGGAGGCUGGGUGUACCAGCGACUGUCCCCGUGAGAAGUACCUCAUCAGACUGUCAUGUGCAGGGAAGGAAAUUCAUUGAUUAAAAACUCUUCACCUCACUGAAUCUAAGCGCCCAUCUGUAGGUACUGAUGGAGAAUCAUGUGAUGUUGAUUAAAUAGGUGCCGCUGUGUGUAGGAUUUAUCAACGGGCCAAAUGUCUUGUGUUGUCUUUUUGUUCAUUUUUUUGAGAGGUGUGACACAACCUGACUGCACCGUAAAACUUAACGUUUCCACGUAUUUAUGAAACGAAAACGCUGUGAGAGAGAGCAAACUCCAACUGGUCUUGCCAAAUAAUGAUUGACGUUGGUUUUACAGCGGUGUAAAGCUUUAGGUUGUGAUACUGUGUCUCAUUUCUUGAAAAGCACAAUCUGUACCAUUGAUGCAACUUUCUGUGGUCCUUUUUCAAUGUUGAAAUAAUUGGUAACGGUUGUUUAUUGUUACUAUAAACACUCAAUUUUUGCGAAAUUGUACUAAAUUAACUUCUGACCACAUAUUAAAGAGGUAAUGUUAGCAAUUCAUUUUAAGUGUAUUGAACAACUGUCUCCAUUUUUCCUUAUAAGUAUUAGAUUACAUACCAGGAAAUGUACAGGCAUCUGUGUCUUUCUAGGAAAUUAGAUUAUAGGACCUGUGUUACUAACUCAUUAUGAAUUGAUGGAUGAAUUGACAAUGGAUCUAACUGCCUUUUAACAAUGAGAUUAAAAGAGCUGGUGCUUUGAAUUGUGCCAACUAUUGUGUAUAUUAUGUGUGUCUUGUAAUAUAUGUAUGAUGUUUACUGGUGGAAGAAUGAGAAUGUUAUUUGGACUUAAAUGAAGUGGAAUGGAGCCAUUAAUAAAGUUUAAUUUGUAACUGAG